UAAAAAGAUAAAUGAUAAAAGCUAUUAAAAUCGUUUUUCUGAUUGUUAGACGCGAUUCAGAACCGAUCUUGUUUUUCUGCUGAUUACUGUAAGUGAUGAGCUGUGUUUUUCUGGUUGCCAGUUCUGUGUUUCUAUUUCUGGUCGUUUCCAGUGUUUUUUUUUUUCUUUCUUUCUUUUUUUUUUUUAUCUGUGCCUGUGCUUGUGCCUCAACUAGGAAUAAGGAUAUGACUUUGUUUACACUGUCUGCUUGUUCUCUGGCCCCUGCUAUAAUUUUUGAUGAGCCUCGAGAUAGUAUCUCGUAAUUAAAUCGUUCGCACGAAACAGAGCAAAUAUUAUAUUAUUUUUCCUAAACAGCUCAGUAACAUAAACCGAAACCUUCUAGACCCUCCCAAAGACCCGCCCAGUGAAUGAAUCCAAUAGGCGCAGUUUUUGCUGAAGUUUUUGCUGAAAUUUAUAGCUAUAAAUAUACCUCUAAAUAUACAGUAUUUAGACUGAUGAUGGCCCCCAGAGGAGUACACACACUGCUUUUAGCUUUACUCUGGACUACAUUUUCCAGCUCCACACUCGGGAUUCAUCUGCGUAAGGCGAGGAUCCGAGUGAAGAGUGAAAAUGCAGAAUUUCUCAGUUUUAAUACAUCAAGUGGACACACGAUUGAUAACCUGAAGCUGAUCCGUGAUCCCCACAGUGUAAACAUCUAUGCAGGAAGUCCUCAGGGCCUGUACAUGUUAAAUCCAGGAGAACAUCCAGCAGUGAAGCAGGUGCAUGUGCCAAUAUUUGAACGGGAAUGCAAGAGCAAUCCUACUGAUUGUGAAUACAAAAUCACUCUGCUGAAAGAGGGGAGGAAUGGAAAUCCACUGUUCAUGUGUGGAUCCAGAAAAGGGAAUACAAAGUGCUGUGAUGUGAACUCAGAGAACAUUCCUGUGAACUGCUCCAUACUGAUGCAUCCAACACAAAUCGAUGACCCGUCUUUGCACGUUGGUGACUCGCUAUAUUACACAGUCUCGAGUGGGAAGAGUGAACAAACUAGCGAAGGCCUUUACAGAUGGACCGCUGGCGGAAUCACCUGGACACAGUCGAGACAAACCGAGCAGAGGAAUGUAAAAAUAUUAGCAAAUGAAGGCAAUGGGUCACUGGAUGGAAAAGUGUAUUCCUUCUUCAUCGAGCAGAACCAGGACCCGGAUUCGGACAUGACCCUCUGGAUACCCCGAGUUUCUCAGAUCUGCAUGGCGGAUCGGGGUGGCAGUAAAUCAGUUCUGAUGUACCGCUGGACGUCCAUGCUGACUGCACGCAUGUUUUGUGGUGAUGAGAAGAAGCGGAUCUCGUAUACCGAGCUGCUGGACGUUGCUGUGCUGGAAACUGCAGACUGGAAAAACACCGCAAUUUACGCCCUCUUCAAAAAUGCCUACAACACGAGAGCGUUGUGUGUUUACAAAAUGUCCGACAUCAUUCGGGUCUUCACGAGCAACACAUUCAAAGAUGAAUCUGAGAGGUUUUCUUCACCACGUCCUGGAGAGUGUGUAGAAGACAGUCGUACGUUAUCACCAAGUUUUCUGAAGUUUAUGACACGUCGUCCGGAGUUGAAGCAGUGGAUUAAGCCUGCACGGGACCCUCUGUUGUUCGACCACCAUCACUACACACUCCUGCAGGUGGACAGAGUGGAGAGGAGGAGAUCAGGAAACAGUCAUCAUAAUGUCCUCCUCAUGAGUCUAGACAAUGGCAACGUCCAUAAAGUCCUGGAACAGGAUGGUGACCCCUUCAUCAUCGCAGAGUACGAGCCCUUUAAAACCAGGACACACAUCUCCAGCAUGCUGCUCGACAGUACAACAAAAAAGCUCUAUGUGAGCUCCAUCAGUGAGGUGAUCCAGAUCGACCUGCAGGACUGCAGUGUGUACGGGAAACACUGCGCCUCGUGUGUGAUGGCCCGAGACCCGUACUGCGGCUGGGACUUGGACUUAGAGACGUGUUCAGCUAACACUGGAGCCUUACAAGAUGUGACCCAUGGAAACUACUCUCUAUGUGAAAAUGGUGUCCUCAAAAUCAAUGAGUCCCGGACAAAUAGCAACUCUCCUAGCAGCGUCCCUCGAGACUCUAAGUUCUACCUUAGUUGCCCCAUGGAAUCCCAGUAUGCCUCAUAUGUUUGGGACCACCGGGGCAGGAUAAGAGAGUGUGUCUUAACUGAACAGGACUGCCUUUUGCUGAUCGACAGCAUGAGCGAAAAGGACGAGGGCGUUUAUGAAUGCGUCUCCUCAGAGAACGGCUACGACACGACGAUCGUCCGUCAGGAGCUGCAGAUGAACUCCGCCUCAGAGACCAGAAUGACUCGCGUAGCUUUAGCGUGCCUUCUGUUCCUGAUCUCUGUGAUCUUCUAGCGCUGUCUGGAUGUUGAAUUUAUGUAGUAUCUUUCUGGUUUCAAAGAAUGGACUGCCUGUUAAAAUCGUGGAUCUCAUUGAAGCUACAUCAUUUGAAUUUCUAGCCUUAACAUAUUUGAAUAUUGUCCCUAUACUUAUGAUUUUGAUUUGCCGACCACCUAAGCCUGCACCACAGUUUCUGUCUGAGGUUAAUGAACUGCUCCCUGUUGCAUCCUCUAAAUUCUCCUUGUGGGAGAUAUAAACAUUCAUUUAGACUCACCUUCAUGUACUUUGACCUCUGUAGUUUUGUCUGUCCUUCAUUGCAUUGAAUUUAGGCAACAUGUAGACUCCGUACUCACACUAAGGGUCAUAUUUUAGAUAUUGUUUGCACUGCUGACUUAGACAUCUCUCAGCUCUGUGGCACUCUUUUAGGUAUCUCUGAUCACAAACUUAUUGAGUUUAGCCUCCUACACGCAAACAUAACGAAACGACCGUUAUAUGUUAUCACAAAUAGAACACCAUUAAGCCACUCUCUUUUCCUAAUGCACUUGACGUCUCCUCUCUUCUUAAUUCUUCCUCAUGUACUCAAGAACUGGUGUCCAACUACAAUCUCAUUUCCAACACCCUAAAUAUUUUUGCUCCCCAAGUUACUAGAUCUGUCCCUUUUUCCCCAUACCUCUCCAUGGUACACCUCUCAACUUAGAGCCAUGAAAACAUCUGAACGCUUGACCCUCGCCUGUCUACGGUUAUUGAUUUCUAUCUAACCCUGUGGAUUUGGUUUCUCUUUAAACUGCCUUACCUGCACUUGCUUCCGUCUCAGCCUCCAUUACGUGACAAUAUAUAUGUUAUACAAGUAUGUUUAUGGGUAUUUGUGUACAUACACUUACUUGCAUGGAUGUUUGUGUUUAUGAGUAUAAAUGUGUAUAUAAGUGACCUUGGGUCUGAGAAAAGUGCUAUAAAUAAUAAACAUCAUUCUAAUUAUUAUUUCUCAUAAUGAAGGUUGAUGUUGAAUUUUUGGGGGAAAGAUGCACACGCACAGCCAAAAUAAAUAGUGAUAAAGUAAAGCAAAUACUGGUUAGCAGAGGUUGCCAUGAUGGAAUAUAAACAGCAGGUUCCCAACCCUGGUCCUGGACAUGUGGCUGCAUUUGCUGUUAAAAAGGAUAAACCAACAUGAAGAGCUGUCUAUGGGAGAAAAGUAAGCCAUUGUGAACCUGAGAAAAGAGGGGAAAUCAAUUCCAGCCAUUGCACAAGCAUGUAGAUCCUAUCCAUAUCCUAUCCAGGGUUUAUUUCCACCUCAUACCCAGUAUUGACCGGGACAGGCUCUGAAUCCACCAGGAUAAAAUGUUUACUGUAAGCGAGUGAGUGCUCCAUGUGUGUUUCUGUAUAAUUCUGUCAGAUUGUCCAAAUUACUGCACUCUAACUGGGAUGUUUCAGUACCUACUGACAGUUGCAGUAGUGUCUCUGGUGCUUAGUAAUUCAUGUUAUCUGUGAUUAAUAUUAUUUUAUAUUACUGUUCUUCUCAGAUGGUGAGAGGGUCCCUGGUUCCGUCCUGAGCUCGAGUUACUGUGUGUUCUCCUGGUCCAUGUAGGCUUCCCACAAAAUGCUCAGUGAUGAACUGGAUUGCCAUGCAGGUAUAUUCCUGUGUUUCCAGGAUUCUUUCUAGCUCCAGCACAAUUCUGACCUUGCUUAAGAUGAAUGGUUUUGCAACUUCAGUGUCUACACAUGUUCCAGGGAUGAAGCUGAUAGGGCCAACUGAAAUUAAAA